AUGCCUCCAAAACUACAGAGAGAAAAUUCCGUGGUACAUAUUACUGAUGUGCAAGGUAAUACUUUUAAAGGUUUACAAGUUUGGUGUAGUGCAGCCCCUGCGGUAAAAAAUGAUCCUGAUUUAUUGUAUGCAAAAUGUUUAGUUUUGCCAGGAUCAACGACUGAAAAGUUUGUUUUAAGACAAAUAGACCCUGAAGAUCUUAGCCAUCAGUCAUUUGAAGCUACACGUGAUCAAGUAAACAACUGUAAUCAAAACAUAGACUUGUUAGCAUAUCCAGACAUUGGGUUGCUUCCACACACUAAUAUUCCAUGUGUUCUUGAUUUCAUUCGACAAAGAUAUAUUAACGGAAUGAUGUACGUGACAGCUGAUCCACUUUUGUUGGCAGUAAACCCGUAUAAAAAUCUUAACAACACUACUAUAGAAAUAAUUAGACAGUAUCAAAACGCCCCAAAUGUCCAGGAUCUUCCACCUCACGUAUUUUCAAUCGCGAAGACCGCGCUCGAUAACUUAUACACUGUUCAAAAAAAUCAAACUAUUAUUGUUAGUGGAGAGUCAGGCGCCGGUAAAACUGAAGCAAGUAAACAAAUAAUGAGCUUUUUCGCCUGUAUGGCCGACGGAAAAAAAGAUUCAUCCAUUCAAGAAGCCGUAAUUGCAGGUAACCCGAUUCUGGAAGCCUUCGGAAAUGCUAAAACAAUCAGAAAUAAUAACAGUAGUAGAUUCGGACGUUUUAUGCAAUUAUAUGUCAACAAAACAGGAGGUAUUCUUUUAGGAAAAGUACAAUGUUUCUUGUUAGAAAAAAGUCGAAUUGUGGGACAGUCUCAGCAUGAAAGAACUUAUCAUAUUUUCUACCAGCUGUUGAAAGGAGCUACUGCUGAACAACGAUCAAAAUAUUACCUUCAAUCCUCUUAUAAAUAUAUAAGUAACAAUGACAUGGAAUCCAGUGUUCCAGGUAUUGACGAUGUAAAAGAAUUUGGUGUCCUAAAAGAAGCGUUUAAGAAAAUGAGAUUUACUGACAAAGAAGUCGACGAAAUUUUCAAAUGUAUCUCCUCUGUACUACUCAUAGGAGAAAUAGAAAUCGGUAAACAUGAGUUCAACGGAAUUCCGGACGCAGCACGAAUCGAAAAUUCAGACGUAUUAACUAAGAUUAGUUAUUUACUUCAACUUGAUGAAAAAGAUCUAAAGAAUGCGCUUUUAGAAAAAGUUAUAAAUUCUCCAUCUGAGCAGAAUGAAAUUCACAGUAAUUACAAACAAUCCGAAGCCAUUAUCAUUCGAGAUUCUUUUGCAAAAGCGUUAUACAUAAACAUUUUUGAAUGGUUAAUCAAAAAACUUAACCAAAUUAUUUGUCCAGAAAAAAAUAUUACAAAGUUCAUUGCCAUUUUAGAUAUAUUCGGUUUUGAAGUUUUCAAAACAAACUCGCUGGAACAGUUUUUCAUUAAUAUUACAAAUGAAAUGUUGCAAAAAAAUUUUGUCGAUAUAGUUUUCCACAGAGAAAGCACUUUAUAUAAAGAAGAAGGAAUUUCUUUUUCUGAAAUCACAUGGACUACAAACAAACCUAUCAUUGAUUUAUUGACAGCCAAAAGCCUUUCAAUUAUCAGUUGUUUAGAAGAUGUAUGUAUGGCUCCAGGAGGAGAUGAUCACCGAUUUGUUCAUCAGUGUAACACGCAAUUAGCUUCUAACAGCUAUUACUCCAAAUCUAAAAUAGGAGGAGGUUCUAACUUCAUUGUUACUCACACGAUCGGAGAUAUCCAAUAUUGCGCUGACAAUUUUACAAGUAAAAAUCGCGAUCUACUAAGGUUUGAAGUAGUAUCAGUUCUUAAGGCGUCUAAAUCUCCAGUAGUUAAAGAUGCUUUUAGCACAACAGAAGUUGUUAAAGGUAAGAUUGGUAAAAACCAGCUUAUUUCUUCUACUUUCUUAACUCAACUUAAUAACUUAAUGAAGAUUAUUAACGAAACUGAGGCUCAUUUCAUUAGAUGUUUAAAACCAAAUGAAAUACAAGCUCCACUUCACUAUACUCCAAGUAAAGUAUUAGUGCAAUUACAUUCACUGUCCAUAUUCGAAGCGUUACAACUUCGUAACCUUGGUUAUAGUUACAGAAGACCGUUCAAUGAAUUCCUGCUUCAAUUUAAAUAUUUAGCGAUAAGUGUAGAGGCACCAGAUCUUCUUGAACCAAAAGCUAUUAUAAUAGCAAUAAUGCAAAAAUACAAAAUUGGCAAAAGUAAUUAUCAAAUUGGAAAAACUAUGGUGUUCGUCAAAAAAUCGUCUGUUAAAGAGCUCGUUGUACAACAACGUGAAAUACUUAGUGCUUGGUCUUCUGUUGUUGUUUUAUUAGAAUCAAUGUACAAAGUAUAUCAAUUCGAAGAAUCGUUCAAACCCAAAAUUAAGAACUUAAUAAGAUUACAGGCUCACGCUAGAGCAUAUUGUGCAAGACAAUAA